UGACGUAGUUUGUUUACAUUCGCUUGAUUCGCAUCUUCGUUUGUUGGUGUCUGUCAGUUCGUCUGUUCGUUUCGUAUUGUUUUCGGCGGGUAAUAAAAACUAGGUAUACAAAGUUAACAUAAAUAAUGUCUACUAAGAACAAUCAUGUCUGUGGGUUGGGGUUGGUGUUUACGCUUUUAUUAGUUGUGGUUGCAGCUCAAACGCAAGAACCCUACAACGAGUUGUCGAAUCACUGGUACACAAAAUGUCACACGCAAACAAAAACAGAUGCUGCUUUCGAUAAAUUAUACGGCGAUGCUGUCGAGUUUAAAAGAUAUCUCAAAUAUGCAUUCACGUUCAUUCCGGAACAAACGAAAAAUUUCUGUAACAGCGAAAGGGGCAAUUUGGAGAAAAGAAUAAAAGAAUUAAGCACGGACAUGAGGCCGUGUCUGGCGCCCAAUGAAAAAUACAUGGAAAAUUUCGUUUAUACCAGUUUCACGGAAUUUUUGCACUUCCUGUGUCACAAUAACGCAGAAAGUAUUAACAUUUUCUUCCAUCCAAAUGCCCAAGAAUGCCGUAACAAGUUGGUAACCGGUACAAAUUCAAAUUUUGGUAACUGUUUUUCGAAAUUAUUGAGACCAACCGCUACAGGACAGCCUAAUAAGAAAGAGCUCUGUGGUGACCUGACGAUAGUAAAACAAUGUUUCGCUGAAACAUUAACACAACAGUGUCCCUCCUAUGGUGCCUACAAAAAACUAAAUGAAGAUUUUUUCAAAUAUGUCAGCAAACCAUGUGCAGGCUGUGCAUUCUACCUCAAUUCCAUCCUUUUGGUAAUCUCUUUGCUGGCGUCCUAUCUGUUUAGCCAUUAAGUGGAAAAGAUGAGAUUAUUUUGAUAAAUUGAGCUUUCUGGACUGUGAUACGAAAUUUUGGAAGAUUAGAUGUGUUUUUAGGGGAUCAGUUAAACUGCUUUUUGUGUAAAGUAAACUUUAUAUUGAAUUUUAACAGUUGUCAAUGUCCAAGUUACUGAUAUUUUUUUUAUCAAAUGAUGUAUAGUUAAAUACCGAAAUAAUAGACGAUAAUUUAAUGCGAAGAAUGCUGACAGAGGUUCCAUAUAUGCAAUUACAAUAUAUUCCCAAAAAAACCCUUGUCCCCGUAACCUCCAAACUUUGACCUAAUGACAUAUGACAGCAUUCUUCAUACAUUAAAUUACUGUCUAUUAUUUUGGAUUUUUAGUAAUUGUAAAGUCAGCUAUUAAUAAUUAAGUAUUCCAGAUAGUCAUUUUGUUACAUUUUUGUUUAAAGUAACUCUAUUUCAAAAAGAUUGUACAUUUUCAAGUUGGUAUAUAAGUAAACUAAAAUAUACAUGAAAUAAUUUACGAACAAAAAAUGUUGAAUUAUUUUUUGAAUGAUUUUUAAAUACAUAAUAAUUAUUAUCUAAUCACAAAUAAAGAAGAAUGUAAAGAAUCAACUUAAAAAAAGUAUGUUUAAGUUUUAUUAUUGAAUAUUAUUAGCUAUUAUUCCGUAUACUUUUUGGUAGUUAAAAACUUCUAUGUAUUACUCGAUUGAUUAAUAAUAUAAAAAAAGAAAUUUGUAAUCAUAUAAUGUUAAUUGUAUAUUCGACUGUACUUAUAUAUAGUACUUAUUUUUUCCUGUCUUGCAUCAUACAUUGACCUCGACACAACAGCAACAGGCUCAUCCCCAUUUGUAGGGUUGCCAGAUAUACGAAAGGGGAUCAAGUUAAAAAACCAACCAGGUCCUUCUGACGAGCUUCUAAAAAAGGGUCUUUAUUUAUAACUUUGGAUAUUUAAAAGCGUGGCAUUUAAGUCAAGAGUGGGACAUUUUCGUACUUUGACGUAACGCGUGUCAGCAAGUGAAAAAGCGGGACAAUUACGCCUAAAGCGAGACGUCUGGCAACCCUACCCAUUUGACACUAGACACGAAGGAUACCGAACGGAUGCUCUGUUGCCAAUUAUAUCCCUUUAUAUUAUAACCCCAAGUCAGACGGGGAAAAAAUAGGUACCCUGUAAAUAUAUAAUAUAAUUUUAGAUACCUAUGUUUACAUAAAGUUAUUAAUUUUUUUAUACUCUUUAUGUAUAACACUAUUUGUAAUUUAAACUAUUUAUCUUUUGUGGGAGUAAGUCAUAAUAGUGAUUUAAUACAAAUAUUAGAUCAAACAAAAUAGAGAACACCUAUAAUGAUUUGAAAAAUACAAUCCACAUAAAACAAUUAAAUAACUUGCAAGCAUCAAUUGUCAAAUUGUUCAAAAAUUGUAAAUUUAAGUGUUG